UUGUGUGAUCUGCAUAAAUAUGCAGCAUCUAAUGAAUAUUUUAACAAGGUCUCCAGCAGUCAGACAUGUCUCCAGUGACCUGCCUCAUCCUACUGCUCACCUUCAGCUAUGUGAGCUCUGGCACAUUACCUGAAAAGAUAAAACCCCCACGUGAGAAGCCGGGGACUUGUCCUGCAGAUGUGGACUACCCGACGUGUAAAACUCCACCCAAUCCGGACUCAAUACUUUGUUUCUCAGACCAUGAUUGUGAGGGGGAGAAGAAAUGCUGCUUCUCAGGAUGUAUAAAUCAAUGCUUGAUCCCUCUAAAAGUUAAGAAUGAUUCCUGUCCAUACUUCAACCAUUCGAUCUGUGUGCAUGUCAGGCCUUCACCUUCACAGUGCCACUCAGAUGAUCAGUGCCAAGGAACCGACCGCUGCUGCUGCUCAGGCUGCAACCGCCAGUGCGUCCCAACAGUGACAGUGAAGCCUGGACAAUGCCCAGCUCCAAAGAAGAUAUGUUUCGAACUUGACUCUGCACAGUGUACAACUGACAGCAACUGCAUCGGGAAUAAUAAGUGCUGUGACCAGUGUGGACUAAAAUGUGUGACACCAGAACAGGAACAUGAUGGAGUGUGUCCCAAAAGCAUCGAGAACUUGUCCUGCCUCACCUUCUAUAAGACCUUGUGUAACCGAGACUCUGACUGCUCGCUGGAGCAAAAAUGCUGUCUGUCUGAGGGCACCUUGCAGUGCCAGUCAGUUAAGAAUGAAAAAUCUGGAUCUUGUCCUAUUCCGAGCACCGAGUGCAAGACUUCUCUUCCCGAACUUCUGUGUACCUCUGACAGAGACUGUCCUGGAGACAAGAAGUGCUGCACCUCUGCAUGUGGCCAGACCUGCAAAGACUCCCUUCCAGAGCUAUCCUAACCCUGAGUGUCCCCCCAGGAAGAGCUGUGAUGUUGGC